UCUCUCUUUCCCCAAAUUAUUCAUCAGAAAAUCAUUUUUCAAGAACCCUAGUUUCCUAAAUCACCUUUCCAAAAUGCCUUCAAUUCCAGAAGAGCCACUGCUGGCCGCGAACCCAGACCGAUUCUGUAUGUUUCCGAUCCAAUACCCAGAAGUAUGGGAAAUGUACAAGAAAGCCGAAGCGUCGUUUUGGACCGCAGAGGAAGUCGAUCUGUCUUCCGAUCUUCGUCACUGGGAAACUCUCACCGCCGAUGAGCACCACUUCAUUAGUCACGUUCUCGCCUUUUUCGCCGCCUCCGAUGGCAUAGUCCUUGAGAACCUUGCUGUUCGGUUCAUGAAAGAGGUCCAGAUCUCCGAGGCGCGUGCUUUUUAUGGUUUCCAAAUCGCUAUCGAAAAUAUCCACUCCGAGAUGUACAGUCUCCUUCUCGAGACUUACAUAAAAGAUUCCGAUGAAAAGAACCGUCUUUUCCGCGCCAUCGAGACGGUGCCGUGUGUGGCUAAAAAAGCCGAGUGGGCUAUGAAAUGGAUCGACGGCGGAGAAACUUUCGCCGAACGGUUAAUCGCUUUUGCUUGCGUAGAAGGGAUCUUUUUCUCCGGAAGUUUCUGUGCCAUAUUUUGGUUAAAAAAGAGGGGGUUAAUGCCCGGAUUAACUUUCUCAAACGAGUUAAUCUCACGAGAUGAAGGUCUCCACUGCGAUUUCGCUUGCUUGCUGUACUCUCUCCUCCGGUCAAAGCUGAGUGAAGAGCGCGUGAGGGGGAUAGUGAGGGACGCGGUGGACAUAGAGAGGGAGUUCGUAUGCGAUGCUCUGCCCUGCGCGUUGGUUGGGAUGAACGGCGAGUUAAUGAGUCGGUACAUCGAGUUCGUGGCGGAUCGGCUGCUGGGAGCGUUAGGGUACGGAAAGAUGUACAAUGUGGUCAACCCAUUUGAUUGGAUGGAACUGAUAUCGUUGCAAGGGAAAACCAAUUUCUUCGAGAAAAGGGUUGGAGAGUAUCAAAAGGCGGCGGUCAUGUCGAGUUUGAAUGGUAAUGGUGGCACCCAUGAGUUCAAGAUGGAUGAAGACUUUUAGGGUUUAGUCUAGUUUAGUUUAUUUGUUCGGUUUUGGCUUUUGUAUUGUAUCUUUUUACUUUCUAAUGUCUCCCUCUCCAUAAAUUUAUAAAAUAGGUUAUAUAAACUUUUACUA